AUGGCUUUCGAUAAAGUCACCGCGUCGCGAGCGGUGCUCAACCCGCAACUCGCGCCGCGACUGGCGGAGUACCUGUCACUGCUAGAGCCCGCCGCGGUGGACGCGGAGAUUAAGAGGCUUGCGCGGAUGCAGCGCGGAUGGCGGAAGCUGCGGCCGGACCGGCGGGGUGGCGGGGGGGAGGAGGGAGAGGAGGAGGGAGAGGAGGAGGAGGAGGAGGAGGAGGAGGAGGAGGAGGAGGAGGAGGAGGAGGAGGAGGAGGAGGAGGAGGAGGAGGAAGAGGAGGAGAGGAGGUUAUUUGACGAUCCCGUGUUGAUUCCGGAGCUGCUCUGCCUGCUGCCUGCACUGGCGCUCAAGUGCCCCUCUCUCCUCCCGCCAGAGCUACAGCACAGGCAGGCUCAGGGGUUGCUCGCUGGUGUGGUGGGUCCCAUUCAACACUACGCAGAUCAUAAGUACUCCUCCCACCAGCACCCCCCUUUACCAUCCUCGCUUCCCCCUCCUCCUACCUCAGCUGCUCGCUCCCCUGCUCGCACCCAUGCUCGGCCAAGCACAACCGGCACCGCCACUCCCCUCACUGCUCGUCUUACUGCUACAAAAUGGGCCUCAUGCACCUUCCGUGCAGCUUCUCUCGCCAUGGUCUGCAUCUGCCAGCUGUCUGCCGCUACAGCUGCCACGUCAGCAAGUAGAUCCACGGCUGAAUCUACACCUCCCGUGUUGCUGGAAGACCCUCUUGCGGUUCCCAAGGCGUGCCGGGCGGCGUUGCUGAGUCAGCGCGUGCUUGCUGAGCUGGCAGUGCAGAUUACGGUGGAUCUGAUUGGUGAUGAGCUGGCGUUCUUCCUCUCUGCCCUGCCUCCUCUCUCCGAUCCCCUAUUGGCCAGAAGCAGUUGCUGGAGUGAGUUUGAUCCCCAGGAGUUUUUCUCUCCACGGGAGACCUGGGGCCCUUCAGUGUCACAUGGCCAAGGAGGAGGGGUUAAGAGGCAAAGGGAGGCAGCAGGGGCGAUGGGGGAAUGCGAUGGUAUGGGGGCUGCAGUGGGGAAAGUAGAACCAGUGCUGCUGUCGGGUGCUUCUGGGAGCCAAUCAGAGUGCGCCAUGUGGCGUGCCAGGGUGGCAUUGCUGCGAGGAGCGGAGGCAGAGGCGGAGAGAGUGGGUCUGGAUGUGAGGCUAAGUCACGGUGGGGAGGGUGUGGAGGUUAAAUGUGAGGCUGAGGGUACAGGGAAGGAAGAGAAGGAGAAUGAGGAAAAAGGUGGUGGUGGCGUGGCGGGGAGAGCUGGGGCCAAGGCACAGGGGCGACUGGUGGAGGGCGGCCGGGCGGGUUUUGAGAUGCCUCAAAAGUCGGCCGGCAGAUGGUCGGCAGAGCUGUCGCAGCGCCUGCGGGUGUUUUCACGCUCCAUUCUCUCAGCGCCUCUCUCGCUCACCCCGUCUCACAAUCCCAGACCUUCCUCCUCAAAGCAACAGCGAAGCAAAGCUGCCGAGGGGAGUGGUGAAGCAGAGGAAAGGGGAGAAGGGAGUGGUGGGGCAGAGCGAGGGGAACGAGGAGGCAACGAGGUGUUAGUGGUGUGGGUGCUGGUGCAGCUGAUUCUCAAGAGACACGACGCUCUGGUGCAGCUCAUUCAGCAAACCCUGGGCUUCCCAGUGAUUGUGAAUACCGCCUCACUCACCUAUCUUGCUGACAUGGCAACAGGGGUAGGGAUCGUGAACCGCACCGGUUUCGUGGACAACAGUCCAGCAGUAACGGUGGCACAAGCCUUGUCCCCUGUCACCACCACAGUAGCAGCAGCGCAGACAGCAGCAGUGCGGGCAGCAGAGUGUGUGCAUCUGCUGCUACAAGCAGACCUCUUCUCUCUCCACCACAUCAACCCCACCCCGGCUGUCUUCCACUGCCUCUACGCCGCUUCCCUCCCCAUCCACCCCGUAUUCCCCUCCCUCCUCUCCUCCUUCGUCUCUGCUCUUGCUUCCGCGUCCCUCCCCGUUCCUCCACCUAACCCCUCCCGCACGCCCGUCUCGCAUCCCCCCUCCGGCCACCCCCCGGCACACCCGCAUUAUUCUCUCCCCUCCUCGCACCCCUCCCCCUCCCGCGCUUCCCCUUCUCAUGUCCCCCGUUCCCACCCCUCCCCGUCCCGCAUCUCCCCAUCCCAUCCCUCCUCCGCCCACCCGUCCCCCUCACACCCCUCCCACUCCCCUCUCCACCCCACCUCCUCCACCAUUCCAAACACCACUCCCACCCUCUCCCACCACACCACACGCCCUCUCACCCCUGCCAUCCAACCCCUCUCUCGCUCUGCCCUCCUUCGUCUCAUUUGGCCGGCCUGCCUUCUCACCACCUCCGCCAUCCCACCUACUGCUCUGCUCUCCCCCUUUCUCCCCUCACAACUUCCGCACCAACUUGCAUCCUUGGAAAACGAAUCAGAGUCAAGAGGUGGGGUGAUGGGUGGGAAUGGAGACAUGAGUGGUACUAUGCGGUUGGAGGAGAUGUGCUGGGGUGAGGAGGAGAGGGUUUUGGCGCGAGGGGCGUUGGGGUCGCUGUAUGUGCUACUGUGGGAGCAGGAGAUGCAGAGGAAGCGAGGGGCGCGGGGGAGUGGGGAGGGGAGAGGUGGGCAAGAGGCGGGGGAGAGGAGAGGGGCGCAGGAGGGAGGGGAGAGGAGAGGGACACAGGGCGUGCAGGGCAAGAGAGGAGUUGCUGGGGCUGAAUUCGUGCUGUCAGAAGUGGGAGAGGAGUGGACGGAAGGCGAAGAGGGAGUCGAGGGAGGAGAAGGGGGAGAGAAGGAAGAAGAAGAGGAGGGAGCGGGGGAAGACGAGGGAGAGGAGGAGCGAGAGGAGGGCAGUGGUGAGAGUGGCAGGAGAGGGAGUGAAAGAGCGGUAGUGACAGGGAGCAGAGGAGCUAUGCAUUCAUGCCGUACAGUGGUCAUUCAGGCCCUGCCGGUGCAGCAGUGGUGGCAGCUGCUGAUGCGAGCCCUGCCCUGGCACACCCUGCUUGCUGCAAUGGAAGAGAGGUUCCUCGACUUCGCCCCUCUCAUGCCCACUGUUAGUGCUGGGGCUAUUUGGCAGUCUCUGGCGUUUUCUCUGCUGCCCGAUUAUCCCGGGCAGCCACCUCGACUGCCCCUACCAACAAACCUCGACACCUUCAAUUCAUCUUCCCUCACAAGCCCUACUCCCCCUCCUCCUCUCCACACACUCGCCUGCCCCAAAGCCCUCCGCACCUUCCCCUAUCUCAACCUCCUCCUCUCUCCCUCCCACCCGGCCACAUCAGCACGACCGACCGCCACAUCAGCCCGCUCAUUAUCCACCUCAGCACGCUUGAAUGCGAUUCCAGCAAAUGGAACAGAAGCAGAAGGCAGCAUGUCACAUCAGCACGCACUAGGCAUCCUCUACUCUCUCCUGCAAACUCUCUUAUCCCCCAGCAUUCCCAACACCCUCAACACUCCCGUCGCCUUUACUUCGAGCCCUGUGUCUGUGGUCGAAGCGAUUCAAGCUCAGAACUUCCCUCCUCCCUCUUCUCCAUCCCCCUUCUCCCUCUCGCCCUCGCCCCCCCUCCCUCUCUCCACUCACUCCCCACCACCUCCACCUUCUCUCUCACCUCCUCGUUUCUCUCCUCUGGAACUUCCUCCCUUCCCACCUUCUCCUUCCCUCCCUGUCCGUCCCCCCCACCCUCUAGAUGCCCUCACUCUUCCCCUCCGCCUCCUCUCCUCCCACCCGCUCCUCUUCCGCUCCCCUCCUCUCCUCUCCGGCCUCCUCCUGCCAAUCCUGAUGCGCCAGCUGGACGAUUUCCGCAGGGCGUGCGUUGCUGAGCUGGCAGAGGGAGCAGGCGGGGAAAACGGUGGGGGGGGUACAAAUGGUGAUGGAGAGAAGGGUGGGAACGGUGGGAGCAUUGCCGCUGCUGGUACUGCUGGUGCUGCUGGUGUGGGUAGAGGGGGAGCCGGAGCAGCGGAGAAAGGGGAGAGAGGAGCGGGAGGUGCAGGGAAAGGGGGGGCAAGGGCAGGAACCGAAGAAGAAGGCAAAGGAUCCAAUCAGACUGGUUCUGGUGAGGAGGGCGAGGAGGAGGGGGAGAGGCUGGAGGAAAUUUCUGAGACGUUGGAGGAGGGCGAGCAGGAGGUCGAGGAGAGUGAGGAGGAAGGGGAGGAGGGGGGGAACGGGGAUAAGGAGGAGGAAAGGGGGAUAUGGAGGAAGAAGCUUUACCUGAAGAGGCAUGAGCUAGAGAGGCAGCGGUGGCAGGCGGGGCAGCAGGGCAGGGACGUGCGAGCAUGCCAGGCCAUGCUCCUCUCCUUCCUGGACCGCCUCAUCGCCCAGCACCCACUGCUGCUCCGCCUCCUCACCUUCCAGGACUUUUCGCUCACAUGUGUACCUCCCCUGGUUGCAGCCUCCCCAGCCACACGCUCGCUCCUCCCAGCACUCGUGCGGGAGUUGCUGCAGCAGCCAAUCAUGUCGCGCCAGCUCAUGGCCGUGGCUCUGGUGGCCGAGUAUGCUGUGUGCUGUAGCGAUGCACCCGAUGCCCUGCCGCUCGCCUCUCAUGUGAGUGCACCUGCCUCUCUCCUCGGCCCCCUUAGCCAUGCCGUGGCUCUAGUUGCCGAGUAUGCUGUGUGCCGCACUGGUGCACCCGAUGCCCUGCCGCUUGCCUCCCACUGUGCUGCACUGCUCGCCCACACGCUCACCCAUACGGCCGCUGCCACCAACUUCCUCUCCUUGUCUGUGCCCCCCACGUUCCCCUCCCCUCUGCCCCCCAAUCCACACCAGGUGCUUCAUCUGCUCGCCCACACGCUCACCCACACGGCCGCUGCCACCGACUUCCUCUCCUCCGCCCUCCCUUCCGCCGUCAGAUGUGCCGUCGCCCUCCCCUCCCUCGCCCCCGCCACAGUCACACUCCUGCGUGACUGUAUCAGGGUGGCGGGACCCCUGCUGCCCUACCUUCCCCCGCAAGUCCCCGCGCUCUUUGCAGCAGCGGAGGCAGCCUGGAGGGUCCUGGUUAGGAGCCUAUCCCGCACAGCCACCGUUCCCCUCCCGUUGCUGCAAUUGUCCUAA